AUGGGUCUGCGGUUUGCGGUUAGCAGAAGAACCAUGUCGUCCUCUAAGGCCACGCGGCCGGUGUCCCUGCUGGGCAGCACAUCGUUCGGGGGGCGAGCGGACGCCGCCCAGAGUCUGGAGAUGGUCACGGCGUUCCUGGACCGGGGCCACAGACACCUGGACACCGCCUUCAUGUACACGGACGGGAGAGCGGAGGCGAUCAUUGGGGACAUGAAACUCCCCAAAACAGUGAGCAUAGCUACAAAGGCCAACCCGUGGGAUGGAAAGACGCUGAAGCCCGAGAGCGUGCGCUCUCAGCUGGAAACCUCCCUUCAGAGGCUGCAGACUGACAACGUGGACCUCUUCUAUCUGCACAUCCCCGACCACCAAAACCCAAUCCAAGACACUCUGAGAGCCUGCAACGAGCUCCACAAAGAGGGGAAAUUCAAGGAGUUAGGCCUGUCCAACUACACAUCUUGGGAAGUGGCUGAAAUUGUGUGUAUCUGCAGACAUAACAACUGGAUUGUUCCGACUGUGUAUCAGGGAAUGUACAACGCCACUACGAGACAGGUGGAAACCGAGCUGCUGCCGUGUCUGAGAUACUUUGGACUGAGAUUCUACGCGUACAAUACUCUUGCAGGUGGCCUUCUGACAGGAAAGUAUCAUUAUGAAGAUAAAGACGGCUCUCAGCCUCAAGGACGAUUCUUUGGAAACAACUGGGCCGCAGCGUACAGAGACAGAUACUGGAAGCAGAGUCAUUUCCAGGCCAUAGAUGGAGUUCUGAAGACCUUGGAGGAGGCUUACGGCUCGGAGAAACCCUCCAUGACUUCUGCGGCGAUGCGCUGGAUGUACCACCACUCCCAGCUGAAGGGCGAUCUUGGAGACGGAGUCAUCAUCGGCAUGUCAAACAUGGAGCAAUUUCAACAAAACCUGGCUGCUGCAGAGGAGGGUCCCCUGGACCAGAGGGUGGUCCAAGCCUUCGAUGAAGCCUGGAACCUCGUGGCCCACGAGUGCCCCAACUACUUCAGAUGAGCCCAGUGUUCCCAAAUCUC